UGCGCCGCCACGCCCCCGCGCUUGGCGCUGUCCGGUGCUCUGGUGCUGAACACUGGGUACGAAUACAAGCCAACAGCCUGCAGCGCUGAGGACUGCCUGCACGCAGCAGUACUGCAUGGAGCCAGAGGACAGAUCUGCCAGGAUGAAUAAGCUUAAAGUUCAAACCUGUCACCUGGAUGGAUCGUACGGUGGACAACUAUGAAGGAAAUGUUACUCAAGUGUUUCUUUUUUCUUUUUUAAUGAUUUUCUACCACCUCCCCGAGUCGCUUGGAGGUACAUAACUUACCACCAACAUGAUUUGGGGUGUUUUGUUAUGCUGCCUUCUGACGCCAGCUUCUGGAUAUCAAACACAGGAGCGACUGCCUUUCUUUCACGGGCAUGUUUUUGAGAACUCGCCGGCGGGUUCCAAAGUAAUCGGACUUGGCAUUCCGGUGAGGCGCAUCAACGCGCAAAAAUGGUGCCCUGUCUCCGGGAUGCACUUCAAACUGUAUGGGAACGGAAGCGAAGAUUUCCGCGUCUUCGCCCACCACAAGCGGGGAAAUAUAUUGCUGAAAACUUCCAGGGUUUUAGACAGAGAAGCUCGCUCAGAAUACCUGCUGAACAUGGGUUUACGUUGUCAGACCUGGGUGUCAGAGUCUGUGGUUUUCGAGGUUGCGUCUGUAAAAGUGGACGUUUUGGACACCAACGACCAUGAACCCACUUUUCGCAGUGCAGACGCCGUUCACAUAACUUUAGACGACACCACAGCCCUCCGUAGUGUGGUUUACAGGCUGGAGGCUGUUGACGCAGACAGCGGCAAGAACGCAGAGUUAACAUACAUAUCUAUCCCUCAAAAUGGCAGUUUCUAUGUUGUCCCAAAAACAGGGGAAGUUUUGCUGGUUGACUCUAUCUUGGGGCUCCCCUCUAAAGUUAAAUUCUGUGUUUUUGCCAGAGAUCACGGAUGGCCCCCUCUGACCAGCAGAGGUGUAGUGGUCACUGUUGUUCCACACCGGUGGGCAACGCGUCUGGCUGAAUUAGCGGGGUCAGGGCGCGCAGGUCGCCGGCCCAGGGCGUUACUUGAACCCGGCACUGUGAUCUCCCUCAACGUGUCUGAAGAUGCCAACAUCGGUUCAGUCAUAACGAGCCUGAAUCCGACCAGGUUUCAGUCAGCCGUCUACGAGUUGAUUUACCCGGAGUCAGAGAGCGGCCCGGUCACAGUGGGGCGCGACAGUGGAGAUAUCACGAUAACCAGGAGGCUGGAUAGGGAGACAGAGCCUUUCGUGGAGCUUACUGUUAAGAUUCAGGAUAAACGAGGCCCAGACUGGUACCUGAACAAGGUGAAGCUGAAGAUCACUGAUGUCAACGACAACGUUCCUGAGUGGAAUAUGAAGCCCUACCCUUACCUGGCUGUAGUUUCCCAUGAGGCCCCUGCGGGAACAUUUGUCUACCAGCUCCAGGCUCAGGAUGAUGAUGAGGGUAAAAGCGGGGAGUUGGAAUACUUUUUGUCAGAUGGCGGUGAUGGCUGCUUUGUAGUAGACAAGAAGACAGGCCAGGUGGUGACCACGGGGCUGGUGCUUCAGCAGGACAGAGAGUACUUGUUAAGCGUGGUGGCUCUUGACGGUCUGGGCAGUCGCAGUGCCCCCGCUAUGCUCUCUGUGGUGGCAGGAGCCCGAGCACCACAGUUCACCAACACAAGCUAUGUCAUCUCCAUACCAGAAAACACACCUGAAGGACAACCCUUCCUGGUGGUGUCUGCCAUUUCCUUCCAGAAGCAGCCAGUCAGCUACAGCCUCCUGAUCAAUCCCAGCAGCCUUUUCAGCAUCAGAACGGCGACAGGGGAGAUCAGUCUAACCCGGACACUAGAUUAUGAGAGUGACCAGAGACGUUACCUGCUGAUGGUGCGAGCCAGCGAGGAUCCUGGAGGCCUAAGCACUGCCACGGAGGUUCAGGUGUUGAUAACAGAUGAGAAUGACUGCGUCCCAGAGUUCCUCCAGUCCAUCUACAGUGUGGAUGGAGUCCCUGAAACUGUAACCACGGCAACAUCCCUACUACAGGUGCUGGCCACAGACUGUGACUCAGGGUUAAAUGCUGAGCUCACCUAUUACACCCUGAGUCCGGACUUCAGCAUUUCACCCCACGGGACUGUUUUUCCAGCGGGCCGGCUGGACUAUGAGAGGCCUAACCAUCUGUAUGAAUUUGUGGUGAUGGCGGUGGACAGCGGAGACGAGCCUCACUCCGGCACUGCCACAGUCCGUGUGAGAAUGGCCAAUGUCAACGAUGAAGCCCCUGAAUUCUCCCAGCCUGUGUAUCGAACAUUUGUUUCUGAAGAUGCAGGACCCAACACCCUUGUCGCCACAGUUCUGGCCAAAGACCCAGAUGGCGAUGGUAUUAUCUACUCCAUAACGGCGGGCAAUGAGGAAGGAAAUUUCAUCAUCGACAGCCAGAAAGGGUUGAUUCGUCUCCGCUCCACUCCCCUGCCAAAGCUUCAAGGCCUGGAGUACGUCCUCAAUGUAACAGCCACGGAUGAUAAUGCAUCAGGCGGGCCUCACUCUCUCUCCUCCACUGCCCGUGUCAUCGUUGGAGUUGACGAUGUCAACAACAACAAACCGGUUUUUGAGGAGUGCCAGCAAUAUCGUGAGCAGGCCUCUGUGCUGGAGAACCAGCCAACGGGGACUUUUGUGUUGCAAGUGCAUGCUGUGGAUGCAGAUGAGGGAGCAAAUGGAAAAGUCAAAUAUGGCUUAAUGCACAGAGACAGCGCCAUGGCUGCCUUCAGAAUUCAUCCAGACACAGGAGUAAUUGUGACAGCCAGGCGGUUCGACAGGGAGCGGCAGAGAGAGUAUUCAAUUACAGUAACAGCCACUGACUGGGCGGAGGAGCCGCUCAUCGGCAUCUGCCAGCUCACCAUCCAGAUACUGGACCAGAAUGAUAAUAGCCCCAAGUUUGAGAAUUUGCGCUAUGAGUACUUUUUGAGAGAAGACACUUUGGUCGGUACCAGUUUUCUGCGUGUGGCGGCUCACGAUGAUGACUUUGGCACUAAUGCGGCGAUCACUUAUUCCAUGUCCCUGGAGCAGCCGGAGUACCUGAGGGUCAACCCUGUGACUGGAUGGGUCUAUGUCAACCAGCCCAUCUCACAGAGGACCUAUAUCACUCGAGACAUCGUCGCAACAGAUGGAGGAAACCGAAGCACCUCUGUGGAAUUAGCUGUCACCAUCACAAAUGUAAAGAACCAGCCACCUCAAUGGGAAAAGGAGAGCUACAGUGUGAUCAUCCCUGAGAACACCGCCCGAGACACACCUAUAGCGACAAUCAAGGCGACCUCUCAGCUGGGUGACCCGAGGGUGACCUACAACCUGGAGGACGGGAUGGUCCCUGAAACCAACAUGCCGGUUCGUUUCUAUCUCUCCCCCAACCGAGAGGACGGCUCAGCAUCCAUCCUAGUGUCUGAACCACUGGAUUAUGAAACCACUCCUUUCUUCUCUCUUCGUGUCCGAGCACAGAAUGUAGCUGCAGUGCCUCUUGCAGCUUUCACAACAGUUUAUGUCAAUAUUACAGAUGUCAAUGACAACGUGCCAUUUUUCACCUCCUCCAUCUACGAGGCCUCGGUGACAGAAGGAGCUCAAGUUGGGACCUCAGUCCUUCAAGUGUCUGCCCAUGACAAAGACCUGGGUCUUAAUGGGGAGAUUACCUACUCUCUGUUGAGUGACAGCAGUGGUGAUCACCAUCUGUUCCGCAUAGAUCCAAAACUAGGGAUCAUCUACACAGAGGCUGUGUUUGAUCGUGAGGCACGCAGCUCCUAUUUGCUGGAAGUUCAGUCUGAGGAUGGCCAGGAGUCAGCUCGACCAGGAAAAAACAAACAGCCUAACACAGACACAGCGUAUGUGCGGGUUUUCAUCAGUGACGUCAAUGACAACAAACCAGUCUUUGCUCAGCGGCUGUAUGAAGUCGGCGUUGAUGAAAAUGCAGAUGUGGGCUUGACUGUUGUCACUGUUAGCGCUAACGACGAGGAUGAAGGUGCCAAUGCCAAGCUGCGCUACCAGAUAACGUCUGGGAACAAGGGUGGUGUUUUUGACAUAGAGCCCGAAGUUGGGACAAUUUUUAUCGCACAGCCACUGGACUAUGAGCAGCAGAAGAGGUACAAGCUCCUGGUCCUCGCUUCUGAUGGGAAGUGGGAAGACUACGCAGCUGCUGUGGUUACCGUGGUUAAUAAGAAUGACGAAGCUCCUGUGUUCUCCAUGAAUGAAUACUAUGGAUCAGUCACAGAGGAGCUUGAUGGCUCACCUGUGUUUGUACUACAGGUGACAGCUACCGACCCAGACAAAGAUGCAGACCAGGGGGCCAUACGUUAUUCCAUUCAUGGCCAGGGGGCAGAGUCACACUUCAUGAUCAAUGACAUCACAGGGGAGAUGUACGCCCAGCGCACCAUGGACCGAGAAGAGCGUGCUGUGUGGCGCUUUGUUGUUAUGGCAACCGACGAAGAAGGCGAGGGGCUUACUGGCUUUACUGAUGUUAUAAUCAACGUGUGGGACAUCAAUGACAAUGCACCCACCUUCUCUUGUGCUCCUGAUAAUUGCCACAGCAGUGUGGCAGAGAAUUCCCCUCCUGGAACAUUUGUUGUGGAAAUGACAGCAAUAGACCUUGACGAUGCAGCAGUAGGUCAGAAUGCAAUUCUGACCUACAGGAUUAUUGAGAAUGUGCACAAUGCAAACAAUGUAGACCUUUUCACUAUUGAUUCCAGCACUGGCACAAUAUCGGUGGUAGCAGAAGGUCUGGACCGGGAGUUUGCCGACAGCCAUCACCUGGUGGUGGAGGCUCGGGAUGGUGGUGGUAUGACUGGGACUGCAACAGUUACUGUAGUGGUCACAGAUGUUAAUGACCAUGUCCCAAAGUUUAGUGAAGACUGGUGUGGUGCCCGCAUACCUGAGAGCACUAAUGUGGAUGGUCCCAUUCUGGAGUUGAGUGCUGUGGACCCUGACGCUGGCACUUACGGACAGGUGGCAUUUAGUAUCAUAGCAGGAGACUCUGAGCAAAGAUUCUAUAUGGUGAGUCACAGACUAGAGCAGACAGGGACUCUGAGACUGAAGAAGAACCUGGACUAUGAGAAUCCAGGGGAUCAGAGGUUUAACCUUACUAUUAAGGUGGAAGACUCUGACUUCUCCAGCCUUAUUCACUGCCUGGUUUUAUUGGAGGAUGAGAAUGAUAAUGCUCCUGUGUUUGACCCAAGCUCCCACCUGCUCUCUCCUUUGCCUGAGGAUGCAACUGUGGGAACCAGCAUCAUUCAGGUCGUGGCCACUGACUCUGACUCAGGCGUGAAUGGGGACAUUUAUUACAGCAUUCUUCCACAGUCUGACCCAUAUGGACAUUUUACAGUCAGCCGAGCCGGUGUGGUGACAGUGAGCAAGCCGCUGGAUAGGGAGACAGUGGCAGGUUAUGAGCUGGUUGUCAUGGCGACAGACCGGGGUACCCCAGCCUUGACUGGCAGUGCCACGGUCCACUUGCCACUGCUUGACAUGAAUGACAAUGGGCCGGAGCUAGAGGCAGCUUACACCCCUGUGCUGUGGGAAAACAGUCCAGCACCUCAAGUGGUCUGGCUCAACAGAAGCUCAACUCUGCUUCACGUUGUGGAUAGAGACUCCCCAGAGCACGGGCCUCCUUUCUCUCUCUCCCUGCCCUCACUCUACUCUACCGACUUCCAUCUACAGGAUCACGGAAACAGCUCUGCCACUCUCACAGCCCUGCGGAGAUUUGACAGGGAAAGACAAAGCGAGUGUCAUUUGCCUGUGAUUAUGACUGACAGCGGCCAUCCCCCAAUGACAGUCACAAGCACUCUCACCAUCACCAUUGGUGACCAGAAUGAUAACGCCCAUCAGGCAGGAGAGAAAGAUGUUUAUGUGCAUAGCCGCAAGGGAAGGAUGGCGAAUGCGGCACUGGGGAAGGUGUAUGCCCCAGAUCCUGAUGACUGGGACAACAAGACCUACACACUGGAGACAAGUGCAGCCAAAUACUUCAGUCUGAAUCAGAGCUCAGGAGUGCUGACCAUCCGACAGAACACUCCAGCAGGCAGCUACUGGUUGAGGGUUGGUGUGUCUGAUGGGGUGUGGCCUGAUGUGAUGUCAGGGGUCAGAGUUCAUGUCAGGGAGCUGGAGGAAAAGGCUAUCCUGUCAUCUGCCUCGCUGCGAUUGACCGGCAUUACAGCAAGAGAUUUUAUCGACUCUCAUGUCGAGGGAAAGAGUCGGCUAGAAAUGUUCUGGGACUUCCUGUCUGAAACCCUGUCUGUCAGACCGGCGAGCAUCAACAUUUUCAGCAUAGCAGACACAGCAGAGAAAACAGUGGACAUCCAUUUCUACGUGCUAACUGAUACUGGCUACCUGCGCCCAGAGAAACUGCAUGGCAUCCUCGCAGUACAUAAAAAGAAGCUGCAGUCACUGCUGCGUGUGAAUGUGAGCCAGGUGCAGAUAGAUGAGUGCGUGCACACAGACUGCAAGGCAUCCAGUGGCUGCUCAACAGGGCUAAGCAUCAGUGACUCGCCCACCCUGGUAGACUCAGGUGCUUUGUCCCUGGUCUCAGUCAAGGUGACAUCCACAGCUGUCUGUGGUUGCUCUGCCAGGGAAAUGUCACACAAACCCUGUGCCUCCUACCCCAGUAAUCCCUGCCUUAAUGGGGGAACUUGCAUCGACACCCAGAAUGGAUACAGGUGCCACUGCCCCCCACAGCUUGAGGGCCCAGACUGUCAGCAGACGAGACUUAGUUUCCUUGGCAACGGUUAUGCCUGGUUUCCCCCUAUAAGGCCAUGCUUUGAUAGCCAUCUUUCACUGGAGUUUAUGACAGAAGAAGAUGACGGACUGCUGCUGUACUCUGGCCCACUGGCCACUCUACUGCCUGGGGAUGCUGAAGACUACAUUGCCAUAGAGCUAAUCAGUGGGAUACCCAGUCUGAAAGUUAACCACGGUUCUGGGACUCUGGUCCUCCAAUUAACAAAUAACGCCGGGGUGGCUGACAGACGUUGGCAUCGCCUCGACGUGAGGAGCAACAGUAAAGAAGUCCGCUUCACUCUUGAUCGAUGUUCCAGUGCAAUUGUCAUGGAGACAGAAGGCGUGGACUCAUGGGCAAUGACAGAGGACCGCUCAUCCUGUGAAAUUCGAGGGGUCACACCCAACAGGGACAAGUAUCUCAAUGGAAGCCAUGUGCUGCAGCUUGGAGGGGUCAAUGAGAACAUAACAUACGAAUACCCACAGCUACAGUACAAACACUACACUGGAUGUAUUAGAAACCUGCUUGUGGACAGCAAGCUUUAUGACCUUGGCUCCCCAGCUGAAUCCUCCAACACUAUACCAGGCUGCUCUCUUAUUGAUGACCACUGCACCAAUACAGAGCAGCUUCCAUCUUGUGGUAAGAGGGGUCGCUGUCACAGUGAAUGGAGCUCCUUCAGCUGCAUAUGUGAGCCGGGCUUUACAGGUCCACAGUGUGACCAUGUCGCUCCAGAGUUCUCCUUUGAUGGCCGCAGCCACAUUCAGUUCCAGUUCUUGUGGUCCCUGCCUGCAAGACAGACUCGAGUCCAGCUUGGUGUUCGGACCCGUGCAGUCACCGGUGUUAUCCUCAGCUUGCUAUCCCAGGAACAGAAUGAAUACCUACGAUUAGAGGUUAUUCAGGGUCUGCUGGCUGUUUUCUACAACCUCGGAGAUGGAGAUUACAACCUGACACUCCAGUACCAUCAGUUCAGUGAUGGAGAGUGGCAUGAAGUUGAGCUGGAUCGCUUUGGGAGAGAGUUCACUCUGCGACUGGAUGGUGGAGGGGGCCGACGAGAGGUUACAGCCUCUCCUGGGCGCAGUCAGGAGAUAAUUAUAGACCCAUCACUGGUGAUGCUCGGAAACUCUUUUCCAUCAGGACACAACCGGAGCUUUCUUGGCUGUUUGCGAGAUCUGAGAUUUAAUGGUCGCUCUAUCCCUCUGGAUAGAGAGCAGCGUUCAGAGGGGCUUCAGGUGGUCACUUCCCAAGGCGUCUCGAUGGGCUGCAACUCAGACGCUUGCAGGAAGCAUCACUGCUCCCCUCCCCUGGUCUGCGUGGACCUCUGGAGACAUCAUGAGUGCAGGUGCCCCCCAGGCCACAUGACCAAAGAGAGCUCUUCGGGUAAAGUGUGUGUCUACACGUUGUGCGCCAGCCGGCCUUGCCGCCACGGUACUUGUGUGGCUCACUCGCCCUCCCGCUACUCGUGCCACUGCAGCCAGGGCUACAGGGGACGGCACUGCGAGGUGACGCUCGCCAUGUUCCAUAAUGAGGACAGCAACAGCCUCAGCCUCAGCUCCAUGUUCGCCAUCAGCAUCUGUGUCAUGGCCUUUCUAGUGUUGAUGCUGGGCCUGUUUCUGUACUCAUGCUGGAGGAGACACAAGGGCCUGAAGGAGGGUGUGUACCAUGUGUCUGCACACCACGGGGAGUGGGAGGACAUCCGAGAAAAUGUGCUUAACUACGACGAGGAAGGUGGAGGGGAGCAGGAUCAGAAUGCCUUUAACAUGGUGGAGCUGCAGCGCUCCCUCCAGCCCAGUCCUGCACAGUCCCUUCGCUACAGCUAUCCACAAAGCAUCAUCUCCUACCCCCAGACUAAACUACCCCAGGACAACAACAAGAAGGGGAUGUCAAACGGGAACGGCAGUGCAGCCAUCGCCCUGCGUCUGGCCAUUCCCCCGUCUGAAACAGAAACCCUCCCCUCCCCUCUGACUUUCCGACGUUCACAGAAAACCCUGUCCUUCUCCAGCCAGGAUUUGGCCCGCUACCUGUGUGAGGUUAUCAGGGACAUGGAGCACCCAGAGGAGCUCGGUACCAUGACCACACCGCGCCGUCCCUCCAGAAAGGAACGUGGCCUGGCGGCGGUGCGCUCCCUGAGCUCCCUCAGUGCAUCUCAGGGUUCAGAAGUCAGGCUUCAGGCUGCUCCGAGCGGCCGCCUGGACAGGUUCAAAACCCUCCGAGCUGUGGUUAGUGAUUUGAGAGGAGACUCCAAGACUCCGGAGGGCCAGAGAGACAAAAUGAAGGAGAGCAGAGGGCAGUUGAAUUGUGAGAAGAGUGGGUAAGACUGCACUCGGAUAAACACAACUGAAACUUGUGAAAAAGCAACACUUAUAAGAGGGCGAGGGUGGAAUUCCAAAGGGAGAUAAUUAAAUGUGAAAUACUCUGAGACUGGGAGGUUGCCCAGGGUCUAUGUGAAGUCUGCUAUAAAUGUACUGUAUUGAUGAAACUUUGAACAGUUCUUUGAUAUAAAAUGUUUACCAAUGAAUGAUAAGAUGUAAUGUAUUGUUUACUUGGCAUUGCACUGUACAGUAUUUAUUCCAAUGAAAGCACUUUUGGAAGCACCCUGUGUCACAGCAUUCAUGUCAUAAAACUCAUAAGAGUAAUGUCUGCAAGUAAGAAGGCAAAUGAAUUUCCCAUGAGAGAACCAGGUCCUUUCUGUUGUUAAUGACUCAUGAAAUCAUUUAUGUGACAAAGAUGAUUUUGUUUCAUUUGUAUUAUCUAUUUCCUUUUAAAUAAAUAUCUUUGAUAAUA